AUGAAUAAAUAUCAGUUGAGCAUCUAUCAUUUGAAUAGAAGAGAUACAGAAAGAGUCACACGAGAUUCUAUCUCAAGCGAGGGUGCAGAACUGUUGACACCGUCUCUUUGUACAAGUGAAAGUGCAAGUAGCAACAGUGACAGUUAUCAAUCUAUUCCACAGGUUUUGUUAUCAUUCGACAGAUCAAUUAAGAAUUGGUUAUCUUCCUGUGAUACUAAUGAGAAACCAUCGCACUCGUACAUCGCUAUGAUUUCAAUGGCAAUACUGAGUAAACCGAACAAGAAAAUGUUACUCAACGAUAUAUAUCAGUUUAUCAUGGAUACUUUUCCCUUCUACAAUAAUAAUGAAAAAGCAUGGAGAAACAGCAUCCGGCAUAACAUUUCAAUUAACGAGUGCUUCGUAAAAAUUGGCAAGUCCGAUAAAGGGAAAGGCAACUAUUGGUCUAUUCAUCAAGACUGUAUAGAGGAAUUUGCAAGAGGAGAUUACAGGCGUCGGAAUAUAAGACGAAGAGCACGAAAAAGUUCUGUAAAAACUGCCGAUUGUUCACCUAUUGUAUUCUGCAACCGAAAUAAUUACGAAUAUAUACCGAUGACAUUGUCGCACACUGGAUUCUUCCCAUACCAUGUACAAGGAUCCCCAAUGCAUAAAACUCCUCAAAAUCAACCUCAAAAUCAACAUCAAAAUCAACUGAAUAUUCAGACUCCUGUAUCGUCAUUCGGGUUGACACAAACGAAUCUUCCGGCAGUCAUGCAUACGUUCAGAAGCGAUUCAUUAUUUCCCGUUUCGCAAUACUCGUCAAAAGGGGAAUCAUGCAAUGCACUAUCAACAUAUCACACUACGUCAUCCUUUAAACCGGGCUCUAAUUCAGCUUUUUAUUCAUCUAGUCAGAUACAUAAAGAUAUUUUUGAUUGGUGA